AUGGCCUCAUUUUUACCUGUCAAUAACAUGUCAUCACCGCAAGACCGCGUCAUGGAGGAGGCGACUACACCCACCACGCCGCGUCCCUAUACGCAAAAACCCACCGAUGCGCAAGACGCAAAUUCGAUCGACGCCGCCAUGGACGAGAAUACCCCGCGGAGUGUACAUAAUAGCCGCGAUUUGCCCCAUCACCGCGACGCCCAGGGAGGCAUCUCCACUGAAGAAAACACACACGGCGACUCGGAAGGAGACCGCGACGGUUCGGACCAUGAGGCAGAACAUAAAGGAAGUAACGCGCCCCCGUCGAAGAAGAAAAAGGGCCAGCGGUUUUACUGCACAGAUUACCCGCCUUGUAACCUGAGUUUUACUCGGAGUGAACAUUUGGCGAGACAUAUUCGGAAACAUACCGGCGAGCGUCCCUUCCAGUGUCACUGUUCGCGCAGAUUCUCUCGGCUCGAUAACUUGCGACAACAUGCGCAAACCGUACAUGUCAACGAAGAAAUUCCGGGGGAUUCGCUCGCCGCCACCGGGACCCGAUUUCAGCGCCAGAUCCGUACCGAUCGCGUGCGGCCUCAAGGCCGCGCGCGAGCCGGGACUGGAGGAAGCCAGGGCGCCCAUAGCCGCGGACAUAGUCGGAAUUUGUCUACUUCGAGUAUCGCGUCCACUACUUCCACCUUCAGCCAACCCCAAGAACUUCGUCGCCGACCUCCACCGUUGAUCAUGGCCAGUGAUGGUCGGCCCCGGCUCGCCAUGGAUACCAUGGUGGACGGUCCCUGCACGCCUCCGGGCCAAGUCCGGGGCAUGCCUGGACCGACGGCCGGCGGCUCGCCUUACACCCCAUCCCACCACAUCUUCUCUGCUGGUGGUAAUGGAAGCCCACAUCUUGCGUCGCCGAUGUCGUCCGCAUCCCAUGCAUCUGGCUUUUGGGAUGGGAAGACGGCGGCGCGUCGUCUGUCGGUGCCAACUGGCGGCAAUCCGUUCUCGUCGCAACCUGCCUACCCCCCCGGUUACUCCAACCCCGCAUACCCUCCCCCUGCGGGCGUUUUCGCAAGUCCUGUCAGUUCGCAUUAUUCCUUGUCACGGGGCGAUGAGACUACCCAUGGCGCUGCAGAUGCCGACCUGCGUAGACGAACGUGGCAUCCCUCAACGUAUUCGGCCGCGCCUCGUCCUGCGACCAGCGGCCUCCAUAGCUACCAGACCCCUGACUCGUUCUCUCCAUCCCUAAACACACCCGCGUCAGGCGAACAGCCCCCACGGCUUCCCGGAAUCGAAAGCUUUGAUAAAGUGGUUUCCAUGCGUCCCCUCACACCUCCUGUUCGUCGCCCCAGUCCUAUGCAGGUUGACCAGCCGAACAAGCCGCCUAGCUACGCGUUUGGGGGCGGGUUCAACUAUUCGCAGCCCUCGGUCCGGCCGCCGCCGCCAGUGUCUGGACCCGGCCACCGGCGAGGCCAUGUGUCCUGGGACAUGUCAUUGCACACCAAUCUUACGGGACUACAUAUCAGAGAUAAGCCCGCACCGAAAGAUGCAUCUUAUUGGGGUCAGCAAACCAUUGCAGAGAUCCACAAUAUUGGCUCUGGCUCAUCUGCAUCAUACCAGCCUCCUCAGGAUUACCGAGGCCCUAGUGGUCACACACCAACGCAUACCAAUGCUACCUCGAGCUCCGCUACCCGGACCACCCCCGAAGAUUCGAGCAGCAGCGAGGGCGUCCACACGCCGUCGACGGCGUCCGUCGAAUACCAUCCCGCCAUUGUCCAUAACAACGGGCACCUCAGUCCGACGGGUACCAGCCAAAACAUGAUCACCGAGCUGACAUGUUUGGCCGCCGGGAGUCUGGCAUGGGACGCCUAG